CUUUCCCGGAAAGAGGCAGGACUCGCGGGGAGAUAGAGACCCCGCUGUAAAGUGUCCAGGUCGGCAUUUCCCUCGUCCUCAGACGGUCUUUUCCCAGGGCGCUUCCUUCGGUCGAGGCAUCGGCCACACUUGCAGGCGGAGGGCUCUCAACCCCGCCGCCGGAAGAACCGCCCCGAGUCGAAGAGAGUGCCCGGCGGAGGAGGGCGCCCAGGGCCGAGCCCCCGGGGCCGGAGCACUGGGGCCGAGCCCUCAGGUGCCGCCUGGGACCACAUGCUGCCCUCUUGCCCAGGUGUUUGACCCCCAGUGGGAAAAGGCAGCUGCCUCCAGCACAUUGGAUGUGAAUGGACCAGGCCUGGGACAGAGGCCCUGGCCCUCAGCCAAGCACAACCAGGGUCCGAGUGCGGGAGCUGAGUUGGCAGGGCCUGCACAACCCCUGCCCCCGGAGCCAGGACCCAGGUGGCCAUGGCGGGGACCACAGCAAGCAGCUGCUGGAGGAGUACCUGUCACCUGCCCGACUGCACGCCCUGGCUCAGGCAGAUGACCUUGGGCUGGUGAGCAGGCUGGAGCUGCGUGUCGACACCCGGGAGAACAGCCUGGGGAACUUUGGGGUGCACCUGCCCAACCUCAGCCAACUGAAGUUGAAUGGCAGCUGCCUCGGCUCCUUGCGAGACCUGGGCACCUCCCUGGGCCGCCUGCAGGUGCUGUGGCUGGCUCGCUGUGGCCUGGCCGACCUGGAUGGCGUCAGCUCCUUCCCGGCCCUCAAGGAACUCUACAUUUCCUACAACGACAUCUCGGACCUGAGCCCGCUGUGCCUGCUCGAACAGCUGGAGGUGCUGGACCUGGAGGGCAACUGCGUGGAGGACCUGGGCCAGCUGUGCUACCUGCAGCUGUGCCCGAGGCUGGCCACGCUCACCCUGGAGGGCAACCCCGUGUGCCUGCAGCCGGGCCCAGGCUCCUCCAACGAGGCGCCCCAGGGCUACGACUACCGGGCAGAGGUGAGGCAGCUUAUCCCCCAGCUGCAGGUCUUGGACGAGGUGCCAGCCGUGCACCCAAGCCUGCCGACCUCGUGGAAACUGGACAAGGACUGGCUCAUGGUGAAGGAGGCCAUCAAGGAGGGCAGCGCCCUGGACAGCCUGCUUCCCAGGCUGGUUGCGGCCACCAUCCACCUGGCCUCCGAUCAUCCCUACGGAUCCCCCAGUCGAAGACUCGGCCCUGAGCCGUGCCUGCCUGAGAUCCAGCCCUGGGCCCCGAGGCCCUGGCCCCUCUCUCUGCUGGUCCCUGGGGGUCCCCUGCCUGAAGACCUUCUUCCCAAGAGCGAGGCCCCAGAGGACCAUGCCAGCAACCUUACCCACGGCACCGGCCGAGUCCUCUGCGGGAACCCCAGCAAAGGCCUGCAGGAACACCGGCACCAGGGCCAGGCCCGGGUGCACCCAGAGAAGCUGCCCCCAUGCAGGCCAGAAGGCCUAGCCACCAGGGCUUCCAGCCCAGCACCUGACCCUGCAGACAGUUGUGACCACCUGGCCAGGCUUCAGGCUUUGAGGGGGCUGUGUAUGCGACCUCUCCCCCAUAGGUGCCUGGAGUCCCAGAAGGCAGGGGCCACAGUUCCUGGGGGCCCACAGAGGGGCCCUGAAGAACAAGAGAACAAGGCUGGGCCCAAGACUCCCCCUCGCCCCUCAAGCCUGGGCACAGAGCCUUCCAGGACCGUGGGGUACAACCUGAUCCCCUCUCCCCCCAAGUCCCUCAUGUCACCUGACAGGGGCAGCAGCUCCUUGGGGUCCACAGAUCUGCAGUCCAGGGGGCGUCGGCUCAGAGCCCUGGGUAGCUUGGGGCCUGGACAGAGUGGGGGGCUUGGCCUGGGUCGGGGGCUGGCUGCAAUGAGUGCUCUGAGAGCGCUGGAGGUGGCUUCAGGCUCCAGCCCUUCAGCCAAAGGACGUCCAGGCCCUAAGCCAGCACCAGAUCCAGCAGCCAGACCCCCAGCCUCCAGUGCGUGUCGCACCUGAACCUCAUCAGCCCGGCCCAAUCCCACCCGCACUGGAAACUCCCACCUACUGCCAGGCUGGCCUGGGAGCUGGUCAAGAGGUCCCACUGUGGUCAUGGGAGCACCCACUUGAUCUCUAGCCUCACAGCUUGCAGAGCAUCUGGGCAAGUGUGCUGGAGGGGGUGGGGAGUGGACCUGGCACAGGAGAGGGUCCUCUUGGUGGAGUAAAGUCAGGAGUUGGGACUGCCAGGGGGUGGGCAGAGGGAGAGCCCAGGACAGGACAGCCCAGCGCCCUACUGCUGGCCCAGCUACCCACUCCUUCCAUGUGGCCUGGCCUUCCUAAGAGGAACAGGCCUAGAAGAGGGAAGGUUGGGCCCAGACCGAGAUGGCUGGAGCUGGGCCCCGUCCAUUUCCUGGCUGGCCCUCCAGCUGCCCCAGGACUCUGAGCCACGCUUAGGCUGCUGUGGUCCUGAGUGGAGGCGCUUGCCCCGGGCCAACCAGGGUGCAGCCAGAUCUCCCAUCCUGGUGGACUUGUGGGUUCUCCCACGGGGAUGGGGCAGCCAGUUCCCCUCUCUUGGGGCAGGACACCCGGAAACCAAGGGAAUCAUUUUCGACUCAGGUACAGAAAUGUAGUUUACUUGGGAGGCGGUGUUGAUUCAAUAAAUUAUGCAGCUAGCA